AUGUUUGGCUUCCACAGAGACGCCCUGUACUGCCCGCAAAGAGUGCCUGCAGCUCGGUCAAUACAGCAAUCUCGCGCGGCACUGCACUGGAUCCUUCUAAUCGCAGAAGAGCAAAUGGCCAAGCGCAUCAAGGAACCACCAAACUCGCAUAUUCUCAAGCACUCCAUUUUGAAACGCAGAGCGAGCGGUUAUGGGAUGCUCAGGUCGCUCUUAAGCAAUGCUGACUUUGACCUGGAAACGGCCGUAUUAGCUUUACGAUAUGCGAUAUCGGCAGAGUGUUACAUGAACCACAAAGAUGCUGCCAAGGAGCACUUGCAAGCAUUGGAUGCCUUGCUGCAAAGACCGGGGGCCUUAGAAUCGUUCGUCUUCAACGCUGACCAGACGGCAUUGUCACUCUCGACCCUAAAGAGAAUGUACGUGUCUGUGCCUUGCAGAAUAAGGUCAUUCAGCGACUUUGAGACCAUCAAAACCAUGGUAUUCCUCAAGUGGAGGCGCUUGCAGGCAUGGUCGAAGCAGAACCACGCUGACUUAGUCCGUCACGCCUGCGCCACCUAUUUGACAAGCACCGAUGUCAACAACACGCCUCGAGCACCUCCACAGCAGCAGGCGACAAAUCCUGCCAUGGAGCUGCCUCUUCUCGAUCAGUACAUCACAAUCAAGAAGUCCGUACUAUUCUCGGCCUCCACUUGUGACACUAUGAAUGCGUCUUGUGAUCCCGAAUGGGUUUACACUCAUCAAGCAGGACUCUUCGGGUUGUUUUACGAUCUGAACAUGACGUUGGCAAGUUUUGGGAGGGAUAAUCUUCGGGACAGGAUCUCGUUUCUGGAAAGACUCAAAGCUGUCUUAGAUUCCAGCUCAGCAAAAUCGCUCGGAGGGACCUCCGCGCUAUCCAUUGUGGACUGGGUUCGCGAGCAAUGCUACAGUGACUUCUUCAAGAAAGAGGAAGCGAUCUGCAAGGAAAUUGAUCUUUGCACCUAUGAGAUGAAUGGUUUUAAGAUUUUUGCGUUACUGGAUAUCAAUCAGCGAAUCCGUCUAACGGCAGCGUUACGGGCUUGGUUGCUUAUCGACAUCAGCGUCGACAUCGACAUGGAGAAGGAAGACUUGGAGGAAGCGGAAUAUGACUCGAUGGAAGAACAAGUCACCAGGGCUUGGUGGAACGAACAGCUGACGCCGAACUCGUCGCCGUCGCCUUGA